UGCAACGGUCCUAACUUGAUACUUUAUUUCCUCUGGUUUAAUUCCAUGUUUGUGGUGAUUACGGCAAAUGAAUUGAAUUGUGAAAUUUGAUAUUUUUGAGUGAAAAUCGUCUGAUUUUACAUUAUAUAAAUUAUCCAUACAUUUAUUUGUAAUUCAAUAAACAUGGGAAAGUUGGACGUUAAGAUGCUGCGGUAUUUAACCCCAGAAGAUUUUCGUGUUUUAACAGCGAUUGAAAUGGGUAUGAAGAAUCAUGAACUCGUACCUGCCACACUUGCUGCACAAAUAGCAAAUCUACGUUACGGUGGAGUUCAUAAAUUGUUGAAAGAAUUGUGCAAGCAUAGAUUGCUUAGUUAUGAACGUGGCAAGCGAUAUGAUGGUUAUCGUUUGACAAACACUGGUUAUGAUUACUUAGCUUUAAAAGUUUUAACUCAAAGGGCAACGAUCUGUUCUUUUGGUAAUCAAAUUGGUGUUGGGAAAGAAUCUAACAUUUAUAUUGUUGCCAAUGAGGAAGAGAUUCCACUUUGCCUGAAAUUACAUAGACUAGGUAGAACGUGCUUCCGAAAUAUUAAAGGAAAAAGGGAUUAUCAUCAACAUAGGCAUUCCGCAUCUUGGUUAUACUUGUCAAGAAUUUCGGCGACCAGAGAGUUUGCAUAUAUGAAAGCACUUUUGGAUAGAGGUUUCCCUGUGCCAAAACCAAUUGACUUUAACAGGCAUUGUGUUGUUAUGGAGCUGGUUGAAGGUGGACCUCUAUGUAAUGUAAAUGAAGUAAACAAUGUGGAAGCAUUGUAUGAUGAGCUCAUGGAUUUGAUUGUUAGAUUGGCAAAUCAUGGUGUUAUACAUGGAGAUUUUAAUGAGUUUAACAUAAUGAUUAAAGAGGAUGGCAAGCCUGUUAUCAUUGAUUUUCCACAGAUGGUUUCUACAGAGCAUGAGAAUGCAGAAGCUUAUUUUGAAAGAGAUGUGAAUUGUAUUCGUGAUUUUUUUAAAAGACGUUUUGGAUAUGAGAGUGAACUAUAUCCAACUUUUCAAGAUGUAUUACGUGAAGAUUGUAUAGAUACUGAAGUCAAAGCUAGUGGCUUUGUAAGACAAAUAGAAAAAGAAUUUAAUACUUUUUUAACUGAAAUUGAUUUUGAAGAUGAAGAAGAAAAAGAAGAAGAAAAAGAAAAUAAGGAUGAUGAAGACGAAUUGUAUGAAGAUUGUAUUGAUAAUGUUGAUGAUGAAGAUUUGCAAUAUCAAUUGAAUGACUUACGACUUCAAGAUGAAAUUGUUGCAAAAGAAAAAUUUGAUGUUGCAACAAGAGAAACAGCAUUAAAUAAUGAACAUUUUAAUAAAAUAUGUUCUGAGAAACAAAGUAAAAUGGAAAAUGAUUAUAAACAAAGCAAAGAAAAUAUAACAAUGGAAGAUGUAAUGAUCAAUAAGGAACAUAGGAACAGUGACUUUACGCCGCAUGAUUUAUCAUUAAAUAUAGAAAACAAAACAGUGCAUACUUAUGAUGAUACACGAAGUAUACGUAGUACUUCAACAGCUGCUACAAUCGCACCAGAUGUAAUAAAAAGACGAACAAAAUUAGCACUUGACAAACGUGAAAAGAAUCAAUCAAAGAGAAUUCUUGUGAAAGGAGAAGCGAGUGCAGUGACGAGAAUACGAAGAGAUAAUAGGGCUACAAUUAAAGAAUCGACAGGAAUAUGGGGUUGGGAAUAAAGUACAAAAGUUAUUUAUUGUAACAUGUUAGAUGUCUCCUCUGAAGAAAAUUUAAACAUUUAUCGAUCCCAAGAAACGACAGAUCUAAGUGCAUAAGUACAAAAGGACAAUUUCUCCAUAAAAGAACUGGUAUAUUUGCUUUAUCUAUUUGUUUUGUCUCAACUUUCACACAUUACAUUACUUUGCUUCACGAUGUGCAUGUGACCUACGGACAUAAGACCGAUUAAUAGCAGGAAGGAAAAGUGGGAUUGCAUAUACGAUAUAAAUCGAUUUUACUUGGUUCCGACAAUGCAGCGUAUUUCUGCGACGGUAUUACGCAAUGGUUGAUAGUGCGAUUGCGAAAUAUGAACAAGUUGGACUGUUCAAUAAAUUCGAGCCAUGAAAGCUGUUCGUUGAUGGUAUUGGUGGUGAUGAAGAUGGUGAUGGUGGAGAAAAUGGUCUAGCGAUAAUAAGGCCACGGUGAUAGCUCCAAGUACAUACGUAUAAUCGCGGCGCGUGUAUAUAUAGCAGCGAAUUCUCUCUUGAACGCCGAGUCCCGUCCCGUCCGUGUUCUGUGUUUAUCGAAAUAUCCGAAAGCGACUUGACGCAGGCUCAAAUCACUGCUGAAGACUCUUAUCAGUUUUGAAUUUCUGUAGGAAAAUCAUGGCCAAGGACAAUCUUACCGCUGUACUGUAUGGCAUCAAUGACUUACGCCUGG